AUUUCCAUUAUAUAAUAAUAUUACAUUAUUUUACAUUAUCUAACAUUAUCUUACAUUAUUUUACAUUAUCUUACAUUAUUAUAUAAAUGCAAUCAAAACUUAAUGAAAUGAGAAUAAGAAAAAACUUAGUCGGGCAAAAGAUGAGGGCUCUUAGAGAAGAAAUAAUGAGAGAAAAAAAUUAGAAAAGCUUCAAAUCGUGAUACGUACACUGAAAUUUAUAAACCAAUUACUGAAGGAAUAGAAAGUCAAAAAGAAAAAUUAUCAAGUCAGUUAAAAGCAUUACCUGGAAUUAAGGAGCAAUUAGCGUUACUAGGUGAUGAAAUGAAAGACAUACAAACAUAUCAAGGUUUACCGCAGUUAUUCCAAGAACCACCAUCAAUUACAUGGUCUCCUGAAAAACUGGCGAGGGAAUAUAAAAAAUACAGGGAAAUAAAGAAAGAACCUACUGAAGAAGAAGUUGAAAAAACACUGGAAGAUUAUGAAAAAGAACAAGCUUUAAAAUCAGCUUCUUAUAUACCGAUAGAUUGGGGAGAUGAAUCUGUUGGAUGGGUUCCUCAAGAUGAAUUUAAAAGAUUAGAAGAUUAUGGAAGAAAAAAGAUCAGUGUGGGGAAUCACGUGACCCAAAAUGGUACGGAACACGGAAAUCAACAUGGCGGAUAUUUGACUUUUUUACCAAUUUUCAAAGAAAUGGCCAAACCUAAGAAGAAACCGGGUCUGACACUUGGGAAAAGAAGUGGAUAAAGAAGCAAAACAAGAAUGUCAAUAUUAAAGUAACUUUCCAAUUGCCGCAAUCCGUCAAGAAAUCACCAGCGAGAAAACAAGCAAAAAGGCUGCUUACGCCAUCUAAAUCCCCUCUGUACAACGUAUCUCCAGCAAAUAAAAAAUAAAGUGAAUUUGGGCACCUGUCGUUUCCAAAAAAAAAACAACAGUUUACAAUAACUCCCAAUAAAAGUCUUCAAUACCACUUUUUGGAUAUGUAGAGGAAAACAAUGAUACCGGAGACGAUGUAGAACACUUCUUAAACACUGAAUUACUGUGUGGAGAAAUGUGAAGAAAUGACAUGUUCGAUACUGCAAGCAGAAUGAGACUUCCUGUGAGAAGAAAACAGGGAACUGUUAGUACAUCAAGGAACGCAGAUUAGAAAGGAGCUUUGUGUAUAAGGUGGGAGAAGGCUAGAACGAAUGAAUCUAAAAUGCUACCGAUGAAGAGGAUGGGACUGGACUGAGAAGUGCAUAUGAACGAGAAAAAAAAUGUUACGAUAUUAUUAUUAUUAUUAUUAUUAUACCAGAUUUAUAUAGCGCCCUUUUCAUGAUCAAGUUCACGUUCAAAGGCGCUUUACUUAGUUCAAAUGCAGCCACACAGGGCGCAUAAUUCAUCCUCUACUAGUACAGACACAGAGCGAUCUGACCAGAGGGACAGUGUGAGACAAAGCCCCCACGACAGAGAGAUCAGAAAUCAGAUACAGGCUUGUCCGGCUAACUUAGCCUAGCUCGUUGCGAAUAGACAGCUUGGUUCUUUAACGUGCCCAGUGUAUAGCACUGAUACGCGCAAGGAUUGCCUGGGUUCCUGACCAGUACACCUCUAGUUAUCAGUACCGAAAAUAAAAGGAAGAUGAUACAAAUACAAUUGGAGAAAAAAAAUUAUUUGAGUACUUUAUGUGAAAAGGAAUGUGAUAUAAAUUUACACUAAAUGAGACGAGGAAUUUAAUACAAAUACGGGAAGUGAAAUAGAUACUGAGUGAAGAAAGAACCGAUGUUUUGAUAGUAAAUGUUAGGGAAAAUAUAUUGAUAUAUUCAGUAAACAAUGUGAAAACACUGUGAGUACAAUCAUGGGGCUAAAUUUUAUGCAAAAGGACAUUAUGUGAUAUAAAUUGACAUACCGAAUGGGAAUAGAAAGACUCAAUGACAUUGAGAAAAAGAAAUUUCUAAUGACAGUGUUCUUUUUUAUAUUUUGUUUUAAUUUAUUGUUGGAAGCUUGCUGU